UAUGACAUAAUAUACACACCACAAGAGUGAAGCAGAUAGAAAUGGCUGAAUCCAGUGUUCCCAUGCCAGCUUUGGCCUCUCAGAUAUGCCAUCAAAUAAGCUCAGUUUUCACCCAAUCCGAUUCCACACCGCAAGCACUUGAAGUGAUGGUAGAGGAAAUCUCCGGUGCUGCGACUCGCAGAGGCCGAAUCUUCGUGUACGGGGUGGGGCGUGAGGGUCUGAUGAUGAAAGGCCUCUGUAUGAGGCUGUUCCAUCUCGGCCUCUCCGCCCACUGCGUGUCGGACAUGACAACUCCUCCCGUCUCCUCCCCGGACCUCCUUAUCGUUUCUGCUGGACCCGGCGGCUUCUCCACCGUCAACGCCAUAUGUGGUGUCGCCCAAUCCAACGGUGCACGGAUUUUGUUGGUGACUGCUCAGCCCGAGUGUGGAUCGUCUGUAGCAUACGCCAGUGCAAUUGCUUACUUGCCGGCAAAAACUAUGGCCGAUGAUCAUGAUGAUGGUGGAGGUGUUGGGUCAGGAGGAGGAUCUCGGCCGUUGCUUCCAAUGGGAAGUUUGUAUGAAGGGGCUAUGUUUGUGCUAUUUGAGAUGGUGAUUUUCAGAUUGGCUGAGGUUUUGGGUGAGAGUCCUGAGGCCAUCCGGUCUCGCCACACCAACUUAGAGUGAACUGCUUAUUUGAUGAGAAUUACUAUGUAUAUGUACAUGUAUCUGUCUAAAAUUAGACUACAAAAAUUGAACUUCAAUGCUUAUUUAGGAAAAGUUCCAAUUGAAGUUUCAAACUUGGAGGGCCUUUCUAGUUUAGCCCCCCAGAACUACCGGCAGUUUGCCUGUUGUUUGAUAUAUUAUGACACUAGAUUGAUUAACUUUCAUGUUAUACACUAGGGUUUGGAAACAUUGAAUCAGUGUCUUAAAUUUGAAAUCCAAAGAAAUUUAAUUCAAAAUUUAUACUA